AUGUUGGCAAACAACGAUUCCGGCCGAGCGUCUCGCAUAGCAACGGAUAUCGAAAUUAUCCGAAUCAAGUUCAAAGUGACGAAACAUAAACUGGAGGUUGCAGGCAUCGUCCCGAACUCGGCACACCAGAAUGCGGAAGAGCGGGCACGUGACUCUCCUCGUCUUCCGAUGCUUCGAAAACUUCAGAAACUUGUUGAACUUCGAGGAAUCAAAAAUUUCGAAGACCUUCUGAAGGCAAAAGAAGAGGUUGAAAGAGAUCUGAAGCAAAGAAAAAGAGGAAUCAACAAAGAAAACGACAGUCCAACAGUCGAAACAGAAAAGAAGACAGAUGAGUCGGUGGCGAAGAAAAUGAAAAAAGAAGGAAAUAAAAAGAAGAAAUCUAUUGACGAAACAGAGCCUUUCCCUCGUCUCGUUCGUCGAAACGCCCGUCGUGGUUCUUGUGUUGGAGACGGUCAAACAUGGACAGAAGAAGGUAUUCAGAUCUAA